CAUCAAUUGCUAAACACAAAACCCCAAAGCAAAACUGCAAAACCCUAACGACGGCGAGAGGCGCUAUUUCACCGCAGAAUAUGUGUAGUAAGAGUGUAUCACCGUCAUCGGCUCCGGCGCCAAUGUUGAGGGUUGCAGAGAUAGAAGGGAAGGGCAGGUCACUUGUCGCCUCGGCGGCGUUAAGAGCCGGGGAGAUCGUCCUCAGAGACUCCCCUCUUCUUCUCUACUCUGCCUUCCCUUUCUUCCCUACCUCAGAGCCACAUCUUCAGCCCCACAACGUUUACUGCUCCAAUUGCUUCAGAUUGAUCAUCUCUCAGCCUCCGCCGUCGUCUUGCCCGGCUUGCUCCGACGCCUUCUGCACCUCCGGCUGCCGAUCUGUCGCCUUAUCGUCUUCCCACUCCCCUUGGAUCUGCCAGGCCCUGCGUCGCCUCCGGGACGCCUCUUAUUCUCCCCUCGUUGCUCAAACCCUAGACCGCCAAGUCAUGGCUCGUUUUCUCGUCGCCGCCUACAAUCUCGCCGCCCUAUCUCCUCCUGAUUUUCGCAUUCUCUUGUCUCUUCAAGGAGAUCCGUCGGCCGUUUCCGGCGACGAUGCGGCUUUCCUGCAUUCUCUCGUUUCUUCUCUCUCCCCGCCUACUGCUCCGGAGUUUGGAUUGUCUGUUGACUUAACCGCCUCUCUUCUAGCUAAAGACAAGCUCAACGGAUUUGGCUUAAUGGAGCCUUUCCAUCCUGACAAGGAUAGAUCUGUGAGGGCGUACGGUAUCUACCCUAGAGCCUCAUUUUUCAACCACGAUUGCCUUCCUAAUGCCUGCAGGUUCGAUUACGUUGAUGCCGAUGCAAAUUCCCGCACCAACACUGAUUUCAUAGUUAGGCUCCUCCAUGAUGUUCCAGAGGGCCGGGAAAUCUGCUUGAGUUACUUCCCUGUUAACCUAAAGUAUUCCGAGAGGCAGCAGAGGUUGAAGGAGGACUAUGGUUUUGCCUGUGAUUGUGACCGGUGCAAGGUGGAGGCGAAUUGGGAUGACGAUGAAGGAGAGCAGGAAGGAGAGAUGUCGGGGAGUGACAGUGCAAUGAGUGGAGGCGAGGAGGAAGCUAUGGAGGAGGAUGGAGACGAAGAAAUGGAGGCCGAUAACGGGGAGUUUCCUCAUGCCUAUUUUUUCCUUAGAUUCAUGUGUAGUAGAGAUAAUUGCUGGGGCACAUUGGCUCCCCUGCCCCCUUCUAAUGCAUCUCCAUCUACAUUAAUGGAGUGCAAUGUUUGUGGUAAUGUGAAUAGCGUUGAAGAGCCCAUGGAUGAUGGCUCUGGGAACCAAUGAAACCUGCUAGUAAUUCAUUCUCCUUUGUUUGCCUUCAUCUCUUGAUGGCAACAUGAAUUUUUGACUUCAGUGUCCUGUGCAUCUGAUUAAAGUUUUGAACUUUUGCUGUUUUAUUGUGUGCCAAAGGUAAAAAAAUCUGAUAAGAUGCAUUUGUGUA